CGGUCCGGUUCUGUCCGGUUCGGUCCGGUUUUAUGCGGUCCGGCGUCUCCUCAGCGUCCCGCCAUGGCGCUGCUGCGGGCGGCCGCGCUUCCCGCUGAGGGGUCUCCGGCCUGGCUGCCCACCCACGUCCAGGUGACGGUGGUGAGGGCCCGCGGGUUGCGGUGCAAGGGCGGCGGCAAGCCGGGCACCAGCGACGCCUAUACCAUCAUCCAGCUGGGCCGCGAAAAAUACAGCACCUCGGUAGCCGAGAAGAGCACCGGUAACCCCGAAUGGCGGGAGGAGUGCGCCUUCGAGCUGCCCCCCGAGCUGGGUGCCCCGGCGGGCCCGGCCCGCGGUUCCCUGGUGCUCACCGUCAUGCACCGGGCCCUGGUGGGCAUGGACCGUUUCCUGGGCCAGGCCCUGGUGCCCCUGGAACCCGCCCUGCAGCAGGGCCGCACGCCCGACGAGCGGUGGCACAAGCUACACUCCAAGGCUGGGAAGAAGGAGAAGGAGCGUGGUGAGAUCCUGGUGAGCAUCCAGUUCACGCGCAACAACCUCACGGCCAGCAUGUUCGACCUGUCCAUGAAGGACAAGCCGCGGUCGCCCUUUGGCAAGCUGAAGGACAAAGUGAAAGGCAAGAAGAAAUACGACUUGGAGUCAGCCUCUGCCAUCAUCCCCAGCAGCAUGGGCGCCCUCGACAUGGAGGAUGACUACGACAUUGGGGGCAAGAAGUCCAAAGUCAAGGGCUUCUUCUUGAAGAACAAGCUGCGCAAGUCGUCCCUGACGCAGUCCAACACCUCCCUGGGAUCAGACAGCACCAUCUCUUCUGCCAGCCUGGUCUUGGCCGCAAAUGUUCCUGAGGUAACCAAAUCCCCGAGCAGACACAGCAGUCUGUCCACAGAACGCUCUGUGAAAGACUACUUGCCGUCUCCAAAGCUGACCCACAAGAGAGCAUUCAGUGAUGAUGUCUCCCAAGUCAGCCCGGUCCUGGAGCCCAAAGCAAUCCAAAGCCUGAAGCCAAAGAAUGACCCCGUGUCCCGGUCUUCUCUCUGCAUCAAUGGGAGCCACGUUUACAGCGACGAGCCUGCACCAAAGAGUCCCUUGUCUGUCCCGCAGAGCUCUGCGCCGCUGUCCGUGCCCAGUGUCCCCAGACGGUCGGAGGAGGGCUUUGGCUUCACUCCCCUCCAUCCCGACUCCCACGAGGUGCCUUGGGGGGUCAGCAACUUUGAGAGGACGCAGCAGAGAGACGAGCCCAGAUUCAUCCCGUCUCCUCCCAGCUUAGCCUUGCAAGAAGAGCUCAAGGUCUCCACGAAAGCCGUCACUCUCAGUAACCAUCUGGGCAGAGCCAAGAUGGAAGAAAACAGUCGCGUAGAGAACAAGCCGACUCAAGCUGCAACACCCAUGGUCUUCUCCUCGGAAAUGACGAAGGACAAACAACCCGAGGAAAUGAAGAAGGAGGACAAGAAAGCAAAGGGCAGCCUCUUCCACCACGGGGGCAACAAGAGUGACGCGGGGAGCAAAGGCCAGGGGGAGAAAGUGGGACCCUCCCACAGCUCGUCCGCCCAUGCCAUGGCAGGGGGAGAUGAGAGGAAUAAAACCAGUGGCUGGUUCGGUUCAAAGGAGGCCAAAGAGUCCCCUCAGAAACCCAGUUUCUCGUCUGGGCCGCAUGCUUCAACAGAGGUCGCUGGGAACUUUUAUUCCUCUGAGGAUUGCAGUCCCUCUGCCUCCCUAAGACAUAAAGACCCGGAGAGGGAGUCUCCAGCCAAAAGCGUUUGUGUCCCUGUUCCAGAAACUACUCCCCCAUCACAAGGAGACCUUCCUCCUCCAGAUGAGAAACCUGCCGUCCCUCCUCCCCUCUCAGAGUGGGACGAUACCUUCGAUGCCUUUGCGACCAGCAGGCUCAAACCAGAACUGAAGAAGGAAAACUUCUUUGCUUCGGUGGCAGCAGAGGGCAUGGCUUUUAUCGAUGAUCCUGAUGCAGCCAGCCCAACAGAAAGAUUGGCUGAGCCAGCUCGCGAGAAGGGGACAAAGGUAUUUGAAAAGGCCGAUUCACAAAUCAGCAGUGAAAUGCCCACAACUCUGCGGUCUUGGACAAACUUCUCUGGUUUAGACGUGGGGGCAAACUUGGUGAGCACAACCCAGGAAGCAACCGUGAUAGAGGAUGUGCUGAGCCCUGUGUCUGCGGGGUCAAUGGGAAGGAGGAGGAAAAGCAGCACGCCUACAGUUUGGACAGCUGCGUUUGCAUCGGGAAAUCCCAGGGAAAAAGAGACUUCAACACAACUAACUGCUGAAAAUAGUGCUAGGGAGGAAGGGGACAGUAAUGAGGAGGAACUCUCUAGUGCAGGGACAAAUGGAUGGAUGACCAUAGCCACCGAAACCGCUCCUGACCUGUCAGAGAGCGCCCGAAGCAUGGCUGAGCAGGAUCGCGUGGAUCAGGAGAGCACAUUUGGCCCGCGGCCAGCCUUCCUCAGUGAAGGUGCCUUUGAAGCAAAAAGCGGAUCUCGUGCUGCCACUUGCAUGUUGCCCAGAAGCACCUUUGCCCCCGAGCUUGCCUCUGAAACCCUGCCAGGCAGCAAUGUGGCUGCCGUGCCCCCGCGGGUGCUCACAGAUGUGGCAGCACGACAGUUCCCCGUGGCCCCCGAGCCAGGGACGGAGCCCCAGGUUGCUGGUAGUGAGGAGGAAGCUUUCGACAUACGGACUUCAGUCUACCGGCUCCAGGCUAGCAUGCGGCUCGAGGCCAGUGAAAGCCGUGUAAAACUCAGCUCUGACAUCCGUGAGAGGCACGUCGUCCUCUCUCCGUGGACAGGUACCCGAGAGAGGGAGGAGACAGCGGCCGGCUCGGCCGCGCCGCCCCCCAAACCUCCAAGGUGGUUUGCAGCUGCAGGUGGCGGAGGGAACGCUGAGGAGGAGGAUGCUUGCGACCCACAGCCGAGGCAGCAAGGCAGCGAGGAGCGAUGGGAAGAUGUGGAGGGCCCAAACACAGACAUAGAGCUGCCAAGGAGUCGUCUGAGCAGCGAGCCCUCUAUCCCGGUGUCUCCCAGCCCUCCUGCACUGGGAGUGGACGUAGCUGAAGCAGGGAGCGAGUUUCCAGUCCCUGAGGAUGCUGAAUCUGAUGCUACAGACUCAGCUGCUAAUUUGGAGGCGAGAGCUAGUGAGCUGGCAAAAGGGGACACCUCUUUAGGGGAAGACCAGUCAGAGAUGAAUGAGAUGGAUGUGGCUGAGCAGUUCGAAACUUGCCCAUCGAAGUUUUCCCUAGAUGGAUUAGGCCAGUCGGGUGCUAAGGAGAGCUGGAGCCAGCAAGCUGUAUCUCCUCUGAUGGGGACCGCAGACGGUGCUGAGCAGGAGGUGGCCUCCAAACAGGAGCCGUUCCCUGAGGAGCUCAGUAUGCCAGGACUAGACCUACCUUCCAAGCUAGACCUGGGCCAGCCGGAAAUCUUCUGGACGGCUCUGGAAGAGCAGGAGGCAGCCGGUCACCCUGCGGGUCUCGGCCCGGCGGCACGACCCCAAAGGUUAGCGCGUGGGGAGAGUCCACCCCAGCCGGAGCUGGCAUGGGGUGAUGGUGAGGGGUGGCACGGGCCGGUGGCCGGCCUCUCUGGGCGAGUGGGAGGCCAGCCCGAGCCUUGCACCUCUGUGGCAGUGGCCAGCCCUCCCCGGGAGGCAGAGCAGGGCAGAGCCCCUGCCAGCGAGCCCAAGGGGCCGUGGCACCGAUGCUCCACAGACAGUAGGAUAGACUUCAAGAAGGCCGAUUUCUGGAAGCCAGAUAGGGCAGAGGAGAGGCAUGAGCAGGACGCUUCAGCCCCGAGAAAUCCCUUUGCUCCGGCACUCAGCCCAAACGCCCCAAGCAAUCCCUUUGUGGAGAAGUCACCAGACCCCCUCCCUGUUCAAGCUGUGCUGCCCGAAAGGCUCGGUCAGGGAGGCUUCAGCUUCACCAACCUCCACGAGGAAGCCCUUGGGCAAGGCUUCCAGUCCACUAACCUCCCCAGGGACCUGCUAGGCAAGCCUCCUUUCCUGCAUGACAGCCAGCCCUUGGCCUUCUCCACCCCUUUCCUUGUGGCUGCAACUAACCCUAAACAGUUUGAUUUCCCUUCCCCUGUUGCGUGCCCCGCGAGCAGUGGGGUCUCUGCCGCGACCAGCCGCGCAGCCGCCCAGCCCUGCCCUUUGCCGCAGUCCGGUGACACACAAGCUUCAGCACUCGUGGUUUUGCCCAGGGAGACACAGCCAGCUGAGAAGCCCUUUUUCCAGCAGACGACCAGUCCUCACCCAGUGAAACCCAUCAGCGCUGUGGUGCAAGAGGUCUCCAGUGAGAAGAAGCAGCAGCACAGGUCCAGCCUGACGACUGCUUUGAGCAAUGGCCUGGAGAAGCUGAAGACAGUCACCACGAGCAGUGUCCAGCCUGUGGCCCCGUCUUCUCACCCGGAGAAAACAGACUCAAAGAAGUUAAAGGAUCCUACUGUACCGGACCAGUCAGCCAAGUAUUAUCACUUGACCCACGAUGAACUCAUCCAGCUUCUGCUGCAGAGAGAGAAAGAGCUGAGCAAGAAGGAGGAGCACAUCCAUGAACUGGAGAACUACAUUGACCAGCUGCUGGUGCGCAUCAUGGAACAGUCUCCCACGCUCCUCCAGAUCCCGCUGGGGGAAAGCAAGACCAAGUAACAUCUCCCCAGAGACCAGCAUCACUUGCCUAGAGCACUUCUCCAAUAAACACGCUGCAAACAUCCCUGCACUCCCCCCUCCUCUUACAAGAGGGCUCCAGUGGCUUCUGUUCCCAGAGUUUAGCAGGAAAGGUUAUCUGCUCCUUCCCAGCCCAAGCUUGUCCCACCUCUGGCUCCAGGGAACUAUAGGGUGAUGGGCUGUCAUCCACCCUAUGGGGAGGAGCAGAGCCUUCCACAUGAGGCAGAUGCCUCCUUAGGUUCCUGUCUGUGUGACCAAGUGGCAUCUUCUCAGGCACUCAUCCUGCCAAUGCUUUAAGUGGUCCAUGGACAUUUGAGAGCUGGAAACCAACCACCUCACCCAUGUCUUCAUCCUGCUACUGCUGCUCUUCUGCCCACACUCUUCCACAUCUCUUAUCUCUGAAGUGCUGUACCCUGGCUGAUGGAUGGUGUUAAAUAGGUUGGUGACAUCAGGGAUGCUUAAACUCAGUAAGGGUCUACCAGCAUGUUACUGUUUGCUGAGCCUGCUCGGCAGGGCAGCUAGGGGAAGGGACUACUGUUGGAUGCCUCUUUCCCUUCCUGCCCCAUAUGUUGUACCCCCAAAUAAAGGGUCUCCGUCUGAAGAGCCAGCUCCAAGUUGUGCCAGUAGCUGACUGUAUGGGAGACGCUACAUAAAGCGACAGCGCUGGAGUCGGAGGCCGUAAAGGACUCAAGCCGACGUCACUGCCUGAUCAUGAGCGGUGUUGGUUCCUUUGCUGCGCGCAUGCAGAGUUGUGAUGCUGCCUCCGUUACCCAGCUCAAAACUGAACUAGCAAUACGGGAGAAGGGCCAGUGAUGGUUUGUGCACCAUCAGUACUGCAGGAGAUCUUCUCGCACACCACCCAACCCGGCACUGGGCUGGCUGGCACCAGUGUGCCCUGGGGGCGACUCUUGUAUGUAUAAAUCACAGCUGAAUUUUCUACUCAGUAUUACACUCCCCCUUUCCUGUGUCCACAGAGGAAUUGCUUUCCACUGGCCACACCCCACCAUUGACUUUGCAUUGUCUUUCUCCGUGCAACAGGAAAAUGCCAUCGGGACCGAAGCUCGUGUGCAGAGAAGGAUGUAUGACCACCCGGCCACCUCUAUGCAUGACAUCCUGCUAGGUCAGGCAUCCAUCAAACACCCUCUCAAAGCUAGCAAUUCAGUAAUCGUCGCAGACCCCCUUCGAGCCAGUAUUAGUGCCAAACACCGCUCCACUUGUAUUGCAAUCUGCACAGGCCUCUGGCAGCUUGGACCCACCCUUAAGCAUUGGAGGCCAGCUCUCUCGGGAGUUGAAUGCUUCUUGCUGCUAACUGUUGAGUGACCAUCUAAAAGCCUCUGAUUUACGUGGUUUAACAACUGUAUAUGAUGCUAGCCUGAGGAUGGUGAGCAAUGCUCCUGGCUGCGCUGGAGUACAGCGCAGCUUUUGAUUUGGAGGUGCUGUGGAAGGGUAUAGAAAGGAUGUUGCUCCCUCUCUUGGUCUGCUUGGAUUUUGGCUAGAGAAGGUGCCCAUGCAGGCAGAGGGUCAGUUGGUGUGGGACUUGAGCUGUCUUGACAUGUAAGGCAUCUUCUCUCUGCUGUA